GAGCCGCGUGUUUACCUUUAACGGUGAUUCAAGCCCUAGUGCCGUAGUGCGUAUGGCCUUGUUCUACAUAUGCACACGCACACAGCGAACCCGCUCUCCAUGAUGACGGAACCCAAAAGCAAAGACUCAUCGCAUCAUAUCAAAUCCGACGCCUGAGGAGAAAAAGCAAAACUCACAUACAAAUGGCAAUUUAAAGUUUUAAACGGCACAAACACCUGUCUCUUUGUCUCUCACUCUCUCUCACGCCGCCGAUAACGUAACGGUUCUUCGAGACUUUCGGCGGCGCCAUUUUCCUACGGCGGCGAUAUCCGAGCUGUUCGGCGAUUCGAGUUCUCUAGUAACUUUCACUUUCAGUGUUUUUCUUUUCAAUCCGUUGAUUCCGUUCAAAUUUCAAAUUAGUCUUUGAGAGGUAUAAAGAAGAUGAUAGGAUCCUUUCUUACCAGAACACUAGUGAUGGCUCUUGGAUAUGCUUAUCCAGCUUAUGAGUGCUACAAAACUGUUGAAAAGAACAAGCCAGAGAUUGAACAGCUUCGCUUUUGGUGCCAGUAUUGGAUUUUGGUGGCUGUUUUGACUGUUUGUGAGAGAGUUGGUGAUGCUUUUGUUUCAUGGGUUCCAAUGUAUAGCGAAGCUAAGUUGCUCUUCAUUAUAUAUCUGUGGUUUCCUAAAACAAAGGGUACGACCUAUGUGUAUGAUUCCUUCUUUAGACCAUAUCUUGCGAAGCAUGAAAAUGAAAUUGAUAGGAACUUGUUGGAACUGAGAACUAGAGCUGGUGACAUGGCAAUUUUGUAUUGGCAAAGAGCUGCAAGCUAUAGUCAGACGAGAAUAUUUGACAUUUUGCAGUAUGUUGCCGCACAAUCGACACCAAGCCCUCGCCCUGCGCAGCCACAACAAGGUGUUAGGCGCCAACCGCCUGCUGCUCGCCAACCCCCUGCUGCUUCAGCUCCAAGUCGCCAACCAGCUGCAACAACGCAAGCACAACCCGAAGAACCGCCGUCUCCCACUUCCAGUACUUCUUCAAGCAAGGACCAAAAGGAGAUAGCCGAAGCCUUAGCAUCUUCACCAAACCCUAAACCUGCCCCGCAAGCAGCAGUUUCAGUUACUCUAAAAGCAACAGCAACAGCAACAGCAGCUGCAUCUGAAUCAUCGAGGCAAGCUACCCCAACUGAAGAGGUUGCACCAAUGCAGAUUGACGCAGUGCCAUCCUCUUCAGCGACUGAAGAGACAAAUCCUCCCCCGAAAGAGACAGUUAUGGAGGAAACCAUUCGGGUCACACGUGGAAGGUUGAGGAAAGCUCGUUCUGCAGGAAGCCGUUGAAAUUUCACGUUUUUAGAUUUGCGUAGGUGGACAAAAGACGGUUAUUUGAACGGCUGUUUCAUUCGUUUUUUUCAUCUUUGAACGCAAUUCAGCAGAUAAAAAGGGUUCUGAUAUAUUGUAGGGGCUGAUUGAACAAUUACCAGAAUAUAACGAACGUGGUAUUGGAAUCGGAGUUGAGUCAGGAGAAAGAUGAAUCAGAUGUUGAUGUAUAUAAAUUUGGGUUAUGAUAAGUAAUUUGAAAUAAUCUAAAUUGAAAGCACCAAA